GAGAACAGGACUGAUGAGGAAAAUCCAAAUCCCAUGAUACAUCCAUGGCACUUCUAUUGGGACAUUCUGACAGACUGGACACUGUAUGCGUUAACUAAAUCCAGAAGAUGGCAGUAGUUAGUCAACAUUAAGGAUACAACUUCCAUUAAAACCCAAACCCAAAGAAGAAGAAAAAAAAGUAAAACACGGAAGUUGACGUGACGGCGCAUUGACAUCAUAUAGUGACGGCGGCGGUUGUCAAGGGAUGCCUUUUUCUUUUACUCUACGACUUUAUCAGGUGGCUGCAGCACUUUGAGAUUAAACAUGCUAUUUUCCGAUAAUAGUUGUUAUUAAAUCGCUUUAUGGUGAGAAAAGACUGUUUACAGUAUUUCAAUACUAACACCGGUCUUCCGCUACAGUUCUACAGUCUGACUUUCUUUUAUGAAAAACUGACCUUAGCAGUGUGACGCUAACGUUACCUUUAGCUAGCAUAACUAGGUAGCUAGAAAUAACAACAUGGCACAAGUUCCUCCUUCCUCCGGAUCAAUCGUAGUAGCUGACUGGCAUCGAUGUAAAGACAGCAAAGAAUAUUUCAGCAAAAUUCUACACAAGAAGAGACGCAAACACUUCGGCCUGUUGGAGUCACCGGUGAUGCCCCCACAUUUAGCUGUGGACACAGUUCACUAUAAGAUAUUCAUCUGUGGCAAGAGUGGAGUUGGGAAAACUGCUCUUACUGCACGUCUUGCAGGCCUGAAUAUUCCUAACAUGCACUAUGAAACCACAGGUAUUGAGACGACAAUGGUGUAUUGGCCAGUGAAGCUGAGAGAAAAUGGCAGAGUGCUUUUCUUCCGUCUGCAGCUGUGGGACUGUGGAGAGAAUGUCUUGCGUAGAUUUGACCAUUUGCUGCCAGCCUGUAAGGAGCAGGUGGACGCAGUCCUUUUCCUGUUCUCCUUCACUGACAGGACAUCCUUUGAUGAUCUGUCAAAUCAAAUUGCCAAAUGGACUGGGACACCUGAGGGUCGUGUUGUGAAAUUGGUGGUUGGCACCAAAUUUGACCUUUUCAUGCACUGUGAUGUGGCAGAGAGAGACGUGAGGGACUUCCAGGAGACCAGGAGCUUACCGGUGCUGCGUGUAGGCGGGGAGGUUAGUGACGGGCUGGGUGAUGUAGCCCCCCUCCUCAACUGCCUGGCGGAGAGCCUGUGGCAUCAUGACUGCGUUUCAGCCAGCCACCAUUAACAGCAGGAGACAGAGACUACUUUCAUACCGAAAAUGAUUUUAAAGAGGCAGUUGAGGUUAACUGGGGAGGUUCACCCCUGGGUGUCUGUCUUUGAGGGAUUGCACUUAGCAGCUGAUCUGGGAGUGCUUCUGAUUUCUCAGGCUGAGAUGGAGGCUGCUGUUGAGAUAAAUGGACCAUUCCCUCUGACACUAGAAUGACUGCGGUCAAGAUGGAGUUUUGAUUCUGAAAGGUCUUAAAUUCUCCCAUCCUAUGUCAGCAGGGUGUUGAAUCAAUCAUGUUAUGGGUACAUCCCAUAGCACUUUUGCCACAAUUGCCUCCUUGAAGCCUCCACUUGUUUCCCUUCCCCGUGUAGUGAGGCGAGAGGAGACGAGCAAGUGUGUUUCAGAGGGAUGAGAUGUCCUUUCCUCUGAAGAGUCACAUGAAUUCAUCAGCUGUUGGGGCGUUGUUAGCAACUUCUUAAGCUGCACGGCUUCCGGGAAGGCUGCUCUCGUGUGUCCUCGCCUCGAUGAGCCCUCCUUGAUGCUCUGUCCUCAGGGCAGCCUUCACCGGAGGAGGGACAGAACAACUUCCGGUUCAGCCGAGGAAUCGACGAGCUAACAAAUAAGGGUGAUGAGAUUCAGCCAGUCUGGGACUUUGGUUAUAUUUGGUAAUAUUAAGUUUGCAUUUUUUGUGUUCUCCAUGUCAUUGAGUGCUGGUUAAUUAAGUGCAUAAUUAAGUUCUCACUUUUAUGUAUUAAAUGGCGCAAAAAACA